CUCUACAGUCAAUUGAAAUCGACCGUGGCAAGUGUCGAUGGUCGCGUUUUAUGUAAACACGAUCGACUUACCUACUAAAUAAACAGACGUUAAAGCAUUAUCGGAGGAAAUAUCGUGGCCUGUUAAUUUUCUUAUUAGGUUAAGCCGUAUUAUUACGUGACGUAUACCUGUUACGUCGUGCAUGACAUAACGUCGGUUUGUGACACACGGUGAAUGUUUCAAAGUAAGGUUAUAAUGUUCGAACUAUAACUGGCCCUGGAGUUAUUCGAAUAUUACAAACGAACUUCGAUUAUUUGAGUAUUCGAAUAUCAUUCGAGUUUCAUUUUACGGAUUCUUUGUUAAUCGGACAUGAAAGUAUUUGUGUAAUUUUGCUAUUUAAAUAAUAGCGAUACUAGUGAUAUAUUUAAAUUCUACAUCUUAUCAUCAGCUGACUUGGGUCACGCAUGCGAAUGAACCAUUACGGUGAAUGACAAUCGAUGAUUCUUAGGAGAUGAUCAGUUAUCUCCAUAUAUGUAUUAUAUAUACAUAUAAUAAGUCUGUGUUGUGCAUAUCGUAAUCUAAUUUACUAUUAAAAUUACAAAUUUACUUGUUUAUUGCAAUUGUAAAUAGCAAUUAUUUUAAAUUAUUUGUCAACUGUUUAUUAAUAGAUCAAUUUAAAAUGUUCUCAUUUUUGCAUCCACGUGUGGUCACAAUUAAAAAGUCAGUUUACUCUAAGAUAUUUAAAAGACAAUGUGGACAAUAUGUGCAAGGACAAUCACCGGAACCUAGAGUUCGAGAAUACUUUUAUUACAUUGAUCACCAAGUUGUUUCUGGAUGAUGCUCGCAUGAAAAAUUUCACUUCAUGUUUCAAAGACAAAAAAUUUCUGGCAUUCUUUUUCAAGCGCUUGAAAAAAAAUGACACAGGACGAUACACCAAAUAUUUUCCAUAUGUUUCUCUUUGUGGUCCAGAGAGGAACUUUGUGAGAUGCGAUGAUUUGCCAAUAGUAUUCACAAAAAUUGUUGGAAAACAAAAUAGUGAAACUGGCAAAGAGGAGGAUUGGUUUGGUUAUGCUCAUGCAGAAGAAUUGCUAAUGGUACCAUUUCAUCCAGACAAAUUAUAUAUGAAUAUUCAGUCUGGAAGAGUAUACCAUCCUGCCCCAGAGAAAGUGGGAGGAAUCGGUCUAGUGAGAUCGAAAAUUGCGAUUGAGAUUAGUACAUUAUUCAAUUUUGAAAAAGGUGAAGAACAUAGUCCAACACAUUUUCUGUGGAAAAAUAAAAGUUACUUUCUUGAUACCGAAUGGUGUAAGGAUAAAAUAAUGCAGACUACCAGCUAAAAAUAAUUAAACUUUGCCUUUAAUUAAAAAAGAAAACAAAGUACAACAUAUAUGAAGAACUUUCAUAAAAUGUACAUAUAUUUUAUAUAAUAAUAAAGAUUUUAUAUUUUUCUCUAUGUAAUAAAUUACGUUAAGAUAUA